AGCCAGACGAGGCUGUGACACUGAUCGAUCUGGACGAGUCGGAGAUGGGUGAAAGAGGGUGAAACCAGUGGCCCGUGUCUCGCUAUGGUUACCGCUCCAGGGGUAUAAGAGAAGCGGGCGAGGCUGUUGUCUGGGUCAGUCGAGGGGAGGUUAGAGCUGAGUACCCGGGGGGACGAGCAAAAGAAGCACGGGCACAGCCUACCGCUCGCGUUUCCAGACAGGUAAGACAGACAGCACUUUGAGACGAGGGAUGGAAUCCGACAUGCUUACUCGAGGACUCCUCUACCUCUUCCUGACGGUGGUGGGGGUUCCCGGUAACUGCACGGUGAUCUGGGCCUUCCUCCACAUGGGGUACUCGGAGCACAAGCUCCUUCCCGCCGACGCCAUCGUGCUGCACCUGGCCUGCGCCAAUCUGCUGGUGGUGGGGGUGCGCUGCCUGCUGGAGAUCCUGGCCACCUUCGAGCUGGCCAACGUCUUCAGCGACACGGGCUGCAAGGCGGUCAUCUUCGUCUACCGCACCUCCCGCUCGCUCUCCAUCUGGCUCACCUUCGUGCUCAGCGCCUUCCAGUGCCUGAGCAUCGCCCCGCCCGGCUCCGGCUGGGCCGGGGUGCGGGCGCUGGUGGCGCGCCACCUGGGCGGGAUCUUCCUGUUCCUCUGGGUCCUGAACACCUCCAUGAGCUCGGCGUCCAUCGCCUUCUCGCUGGGCUCGCAGAACGACUCGGGGCUCAUGCAGCACGGCAUCAACGUGGAGUUCUGCUUCGUGCGCUUCCCCUCCCGCCUCUCGCGGGACGCCAACGGCGCGGUGCAGGUGGCCCGGGACGUGGUGCCCAUGGCGCUCAUGACCGCGGCCAGCCUGAUCAUCCUGGUCUUCCUGUACCGCCACAGCCAGCAGGUGAAGAGCCUGCGCGGCGGGGCUGGUGGCGGCGGCGGCGGCGGCGGGAAGCGUCAGGGGUCCUCGGCCGAGCAGCGGGCGGCCAAGGCGGUGGUCGCCCUGGUGACCAUGUACGUGACGUUCUACGGGGUGGACAACGGGAUUUGGGUGUACACCCUGACCGUGCAGAACACCCUCAAGUCCUCGCUGCUGUCGGACGUGCGCAUCUUCUUCUCCUCGCUCUACGCCGCCGUCAGCCCCAUCGUCAUCAUCGUCACCAACAGGAAGGUGAGCAAGCGGCUGAGCUGCGGCCGGGGGGACGAGAAGCCCGUGCAGAGCGCAGACACCGCCCUCUCCACCAUGUGACAGGAAGCUGGGAACCUGCCGAAAAGGAGCAGGCUCACCUUCCCGCGUUCAUGCGGGCUGAGAAACGGAUUGCCGCGGACGCAGCCCUGUCUGCGUUCCAAUGAACUCGUGCCUUCCAACAUUAACACCAUAGUGUUGUAUUGCGGUAACAAAAUGUGUGUGGUUCUGUGUGUGAAAGAACCCUGUCAUGCAGCCUCCUCCAUGGAUGUUCAGAUUGCAAUUAUGCAAUGAUUACUUUACAUGCAGCAUAUGCAAAAAAAAUACAUACAUGCAAGCCGAACCUGAAAUGUUUUUGAUUUGUCACACCUUUUGAAUUACAUGAGACAUGGAAAUGUAAUACCUCAAUAAGGUAAGGAAGUAAGGGACUAGUUUUGUGGAACCCCAGAUAUAGGAAAAAUGCAGGCAUCUACAGACAGGCAGCACUCAUUGGCACAGUUCAGUACAACAGCAAUGGCGGGCAACUGCACUAUAAGAACCACACUUCAGAAGGUUUAUGGCAACUGUGAGGAAGCUUCUAGAAGCUUUCCUGUCGUGUGAUGAGAGCAUGUUUCCAUUUGUAUGCCAGAAAUUCGACAGUACUAAGACUGCAGGAGACAUUCUCCUGUGUUCUCCUAUCUUUGGUCUGUGGCCCCUUCGCCCCUGUAUUCGCCGAGGGAAAGGCUCUUUUUGUGGCACCUAAUUAGUUUAGAUGUUGAUUAACAAGAUAAUUGGCUCUAAUUGCUGCCUAGAGCACCAUUAAUCGGAACAGUUCGCUUCACAGAGCGUAUUAGGUGCGAUUUGUGUAAUGAAGCAGUUAGUCCAAUUACAGAAGGCACAGUGAGCCAAAUCAAG